GGGAGCCCGCUCCAGCGCCACACUCGAGGUUGCGAGUGCACGCGCGUCAUGACGGUGGCGGCCGAGUCCGAGACGGGCAAGAUGGGCGGCGGGACCAAGGCGGCGCUGGUUCUGCUGGCCCUGUGGUCCGUCAUCUCUCUGGUGGUCAUCGUGGUGUGGUCCACGUCUCCGGACCUGAAGAGUUCGGCCCGGUGCCGCCAGGACCUGCGGGAGAGCCGCGAGAAGAUCCUGGGCGCCGAGGCGCUGUGGGCCCAAGACAGGGACGAGCUGGAGGAGCGGCUCGGGGUCGCCCGCGAGCGCCUCGAGAGCCAGGAGGCCGCGAUGGCCGCCAUGGCGCAGCGCCUGCACCGCGCCAACCGGAGCCUCGACGAGUGCCGCGCGCACCAGGCGGUCCUUAUGGCCAACAUCAGCACGCUGCAGGAGGAGGCGGAGCUCAUGCGGCAGACUCAGCUCAACUUGACCAAUCAGCUGAAGCGUCAAGAAGGCCACGUGGAGGCGCUGCAGCACAACUUGACUCAGAGCGGCCACGUGGCGGCGGCUUGCUCCAGCCUGAAGGCGGCCGCCGACAAUCGUGCCGCCGCCGCGCAGACUCAGACCCGCGCCUGUGAGGCUGACCAGGACUUCCUGCGCAAACAGCUUGUGAAGUGUCAAGAAGCACAGUCGGAAGCGGCGCCCCCUCCGCAGACCCACCAGAACCCGGCGGCUGCCGGGUCGAGAUCCGGCGGGCUCUCGGCCGCACCCGCCAUCGUUCUGCUGGCGUUCUGCGCCCGCCUUCUCGUCACCUGAGGGGAACAUGACGAGGGGCAACGGCCACACAACAGCAAGCACUGAGGUCCAACAGGUGAUGGAGCCUGGAGGGACUAUGACUGCUGUACAAACACACACACACACACGCACGUGCACGCGCACGCACACGCACACACACACACACACACACACACACACUGCUGUUUGAUAAGCUGCAGACACUUUGCUGUCACCAGAGGUCGUUGUUUAUUAGCCAAAUGCAAUACAUCAACCACAUGCUAGUUAGCAUGCGAAAGACUGUAGAUGGGAACUGGACUUGCUGCGACCUGUACUGGACUCACUUGGCUCAUCUCAAGUUUCUUAAUGGCAACGUUCGUAGUUCCUCGCUCCUCGGAACAUUGAAAUCAACCCGGAAGUCGUUCUCAUGCCGCCAAAUCAAUCCGAUAUACGAAGACGUCAGCGCUGCCGUAUCGGGCCGGCUCACCGACGUGGAUACGUGGUGGCCAUGUCGGUGGGGGCAACGUUCCCACCAUAGGCGUUCCCACCAUGGACAUUGAAAUUAAGUAAUAACUUUCUCAAUCGUUUUUAUGAGGGUUCCUUUUUUAUUUUGUCAACGCCAAAGUUUGUGCCACCAAAAAUAUUUCUACGCGUGAAAGGUUAGUUCGAGUCCCCGUGUCGUAAUUCUACGGCCGCGUGCAGCACAAGGCACCGGCAUAAUUGUAGUCUUUCUGUUUUCUUGCCGGCGGCACGGUGGACGACUGGUUAGCACAUCUGCCUCUGAGGACCGGGGUUCAAAUCCCGGCCCCGCCUGUGUGCCGUUUACAUCUUCUCCCCGUGCCUGGGUGGGUUUUCUCCUGGUACUCCGGUUUCCUCCCACAUCCCAAAAACAUGCGUGGUAGGUUAACUGAAUAACAUCAAAACUGAAUCUCACUCGAAACAUAAAGUUGUCGGGGACGUUGCAAUUGCAGAAAUGAGAUGAGUCCGCCACAAAAACGAAAAGACGCUCGGGACUUGACGUGAGACCCGCGGACUCGAUUGUUGUUCGUUUGAUACGUUUGGUGUCGAGAUAAAAUACGACAUGAAUUGGUGAACGUCACUCGUGCGCCAGUUCGAGUGCGUCGCCGGCUGCGCACAAAAUAUCAGGAAAACGGAACUGAUUUAACGGUUUAGCGCGAUAUCGCCGCAGUUCAGUACCGCGUUGUUCUCAGCCUUUGCCGGUUUUCAGCAUUUCUCUUCAAAUGGGUUUCAUCCAUUUCGAAGCAAAUGUCUGACUCGACGUUACCGUGCCCGAUGACGAUUAAAGUUCUUUUGAACUCCCCGUCCAUCCGCGCGCGGAGGUCUUCCGUAAGAUCGACGUUCGACCGCGUCACGGAGCCGACUCGACCGAGACAAAAUGACGACUUGACACUUGAAGUAGCAACGUGACAACAGGCCGCCAUCUUUGUGGGGGGAAAAACGUGAACUGACCGAUUCUCCUGCUCUUCCAUUGGCGUAUUUAGGGCAAGUUUGACAUCAGUGGAUAUUUUACACUCAAAUUUCUCAACCAAUCGAAGAAGGGCUUCGCCGAGUCGCAGACCAAUGGAAAGGGUCGAGCAGAUAUGUUGAGAAAGAAUGCAUUUGUACUGUUUCACGUUUUUGGGGCCAGAUUUUCUGCAGUUUCUAGCACACAAAACCUUUCCCACACAACAAAACUUUCAAUUUCUCUGGAAGCCGUCAUUGGAUUUCCCAAAUUCUUGCGGCGCCAAUCACACUGGGCGUUUUACAGCCCGUCAUUUCGGGGACCUCUUAUCACGCUGCUACUGAGGGACGACAUAAGACGGCGAUUCUGAAGGUUCUCGAUGGCACGUGGGCGAGCGAGCGAGCGAGCGACACGCUUUCCAGGAAGCUUUGCCGUGAAACGACCAUAGAAUGCUCUCUGCGUCAUUCUGACUGUGCGACGGGUCAAGUAGGCUUCAUAUAGUGCCUCCGGUGGCCACGCUGAGUAUUACAAAACACUUAACUAAUGCGUGUGACUGUGGCUUUUUCUUUAGCUUGUGGAAUGUCAUCUUUUUAUGUUAUGUUAUCUUUUCAUUCACAAGAGAAGUACACAUCACGCUGUCCCAUCAUGCAACGGGCCCGAUGCUUUUAUCGCCGCCUUACGGUGCCCAAAGCGCUUCCCCGAUGCUCACCCAUUCCACGCCCACACGCAUACACUGACGGGCGGCAGCAAUUUAGGGUUCGGCGUCUCGCCCGAGGAGACUUCCACAGCGGACGGUCGGAUUGGAACCGUCGACUCUUGGCUCCGGGCCGCAGCCGCCCGGGUCGUGAGCUGCUGAUGAAAAUGGAUGAUUAGCGAUAAGAACGUCCUAUCACAACUUGGACAUGAUGUGGGGAAAUAAAGAUGACACAUGUUUAACA